CAAAUCUUCGUUUCCGGCCGAACAUUUUGAAGGACGUACGCGUUAGCAAAACAAGCUAACGAAGCUAGUUGCCUUAAACAUUGUGACCAAGUCAAAAUGUGAAUACACGACUUCAACGAUUUACUCAAACUAAGUGUCUUGUAAGAGUAUCACCAGCUGAGAGGACUCAUAAGAGUGUUGAUUGCAAAAUGCAUCAGUGUCCUGUUUGUCCAAAGUCUUUCCCAUCUGCAUAUAAACUCAAGAGACAUCAUGUGGUCCACACUGGACAAAAACCCUUUGUCUGCAAAAUGUGUGGCAAAGCAUGCACGCAGUCUGGACAUUUAAAAACCCAUAUGCAGAAAGUGCACCGUAUGGACGACGACAGUCUGGGGACUGGCCAACAGCUUGCACAACCAACCCACGACAGAACGGCUGCAUGUUUUAGCACAUCGGAUCAAAGUUGUUUCACUGUGGAAGAAAGGAUAAGUCAAUGUCAGAUAAAACCAACUGAUAACAUCGGGGUCAAUGAUGACAACAGCAUCUCACUUGAGACUAAUCAGCCUGACUCCUCAAUUGUGAACCCCGACCUGUACAAGUCCUGCAUAAAGCCACCUACCAGUACUUCACCUCUUCCCAUUUUGAUUAGCCCAUCAAAACUGGAGGAUAAGGUCCACUUGAAUUCCAGUCUAAACAUGGCAAACACAUGUUCAGUCCCUCGAAGCAUAAAACAGGAGUCCCUCUGCAGUCAAACCUCAAGUUCACCACUUCAGCAACAACGCUCUUGCAGCCUGGAUUCACCGGGAAAUUCAACAAUGGAACUGGAGCUACAGUGUAGAAUAAGUGUAAAGGACCUGUGCAAGUUAGAUGUGAAAUCAGAAGAAGAUUUAAGUUCAGACAUUCAUCCCAGUAACUGUCAUAUGUCAAAUGAAGAACAGAAAUGUAAGACACGUAAAGACUUGAAGCCAUUUUGGUGCCUGAUCUGCAACAGAUCGUUUCACAUAAAGGUUAAUUUAAUACGUCAUCAAAAAACUCACAGGCGCCAAAGGGAAUCGAGUUUAGUUUCUUUGAGGAGUGCAACAAGCAAUGUAACUGUUUCCAUUUCUGAACCAAUGAAGCAUUCAUCUAAACCCAGCUGUGCAGAUCUCACUCACUUGCACGUGAAAUCAGAAGCACAAACUGAAAGCUGCUGGGAUUAUAAAGAUGCCAUUGUCGAGGAUGAGCAGAUAACUGCAUUAGUGGUUCAUCAAAGUGAAGCACACCAGGCCACAGGAGUGCAGCAGAGAAGUCGCAAAAUGCAUCAGUGUCACUUGUGUUUAAAAUAUUUUCCAUGUGCGUCAAAACUUGAGAGGCACGUUAUGACUCAUACUGGACAAAGGCCCUUUGGCUGUGUGAUUUGCGGGAAGCGAUUUCGUCAGAAAACACACUUGAGGGUUCACUCUCGCAUCCAUGUGUGGUCGAAGUAUCACAAACAGCGAUCAUUGUAUAUUAAUUGCCCGCUGUCUCGCAUUGGUGCGCUUAAGGAAAAGUCUGCACAAAAUGUGGAUUUUGAAAGCCGAAAGCAGGGAACUUCUCUGCCAAAUGUGCAGUUUCAUCAUCACAAAGAGUCAGAGAACUCAUUGCUGCUGCAGGCAAUAAAGAAAACCAAUGUCCAUCAUUCGGCUUCUGAAGUGACGGUUAGAAAUGGACAGAUUGGCAAAUCAGUACAAACACGUGGCGGGGUGCAGCACAAGUGUUUCCACUGUUUCAAGUGUUUCCCAUGUGCGUCUAAAUUACAGCGGCAUGAGAUGGUACACACCGGCUUGAAACCCUUCCGAUGUCUUGUGUGCGGGAAAGCGUUCAGGCAGACUUCACAUCUGAAGUCUCACAAAAGAACUCAUUAUGAGAGCAAACCCCCACAGCUGGCUCAUCAGCAGGGGAAGUUCAGAAAACUUAACAAUCAACAAGGUCCUUACCCAAAGAUCAGGGUUCAUAUCCCAUCGCAAAAACCGUAUGGAAACACCAACGCUGUACGAUUAAAUUACGGUGCCGUACACAACGGAGCAAAUGAGCUUUCUUGCAAGAGGCAUCAGAUAUCCAACACCAAGGUAACCAGUAAAAGCAUUGUAAUGUGUAAUAAAAGGAAUCCGCACAUUUGUCAGAUAUGCUUUAAGAGUUUUCCUACUCCAUACAAACUGUCGAGGCAUGUGAACACUCACGCUGGGAUAAGGCCGUACAAGUGCAGUUUGUGCGGGAAAACGUUUUCACAGCGUUGUCAUUUGAAAGUCCAUCAACUGAGAUGUAAAGGUGCAGAAAAUGUAAAACUCCAGGAUAAAGGCAAUGAUCACUAUAGCUCCCUGGAAAACCACAGUCGGGGUUUAGAGUCUUCGUCGGGUGUAGCAGUGGAGAAGCCACGCGAUGACCGUGUUGCUUAUUGCUACAAUGCUAAUGACUUUACUGUUUGCUCUGAGGCAGUAGACAAUGAAUGGUUAAUGUUACCAGAUGUAGGCAUAUCGGAGAAGAAUUACGACUGUGAAGACAAACAGAGAGGAGAUCCAAAUCAGGGAACAGACUCGUAUAGUUUAUUUCCCUCUCAACUUGCCUUUGAAAUACAUAAACUGGUGAAAGAUCAGAACAUGGUUGGUCCAUCAUUCUCGCAGCAGGGCCAUGGCGCAGAAAUACCAAGUCAACCUGGAGGUACUUACAACAACUACCAGGUGUUGAGUUCUGUUGUUGAGAGUCCAAUCCACAUCAGUUUACCCAGUGAUGACUGGGGUGAACCAUUACGUGUGUUUGAAUGUGGAAAAUGCUCUGUUGGGUUCCAGAGUGAAAAUGAUCUGCAGCACAAAUGUAAAGCUGUCGGUCAAUCUCAAGUAAGGCAGUUGACUCCGAACAGUUGUGACAUCUGCUUGAAGAGUUUUGUUUCUCCCUCUAAACUUAAGAGGCAUUACCUUGUCCACACAGGUCAGAGACCAUUCAGGUGCGACAUUUGUGGCAAAUGUUUUACACAGUCGACACAUAUGAAAAUCCACCAGCAGGUUCAUUUAUUCUAACAUAGCGUCAUUUUUGUUUUAAGCAUAAAAUCUGUUGAAUACUCAUGAUGUGAUUUAAAGGGAAUUUCCAACAUAUUUCAACCUAAGCUCUGUUUUAGGUUUUUUGAGGGUCAUCUGUUCACUCAAAAAAAUAAUAAUUUAAUGUGUGCAGUAUUGAUUUAGAACACAAACACCAUCACCGGCUGACUGUAUACUGUUAUUGAAUGGGGGAGUCUAAAAACACGUAAGCAUAAACCACUUAUUUUUGGCACUGGACACGUGAAAAUGUCAUUAGAAGUAUCUCGUAGCACAGACAUGAAUCCCUACAGAGUUAAAUGCGUGCAUGUUUUUUUUAAGAUACUAAAUUAUACAGUUAGCCGCUUACUUGUUGACUGGUGCUCCUGUCCGCUGAAGUACGCAUUACAAGUCUGGCCGAUGGGGGGAUUGUGUCUUUAGAAUGAACGUUUGAAAUCAACUGCACCAAUUGAUGAAAUUUGUGAAAAGGUGACCCCCAAAACUCCUAAAAAUAGAACCUCAGCAGUCAUGUUUGUAGUACAUAUAUUGUGAAUUUAUGUCUUAAACAUUUUCUAUAUACUAUGUUAGAAAUGAGAUGAAAACUUAUUUCAGUUAUUUCGGUAUUUGUAAGGCUUUUUUCUUGGAUUUUUGCAGGCUAAACAACAACAA